AUGAGUUUUUUAACAGGAAAGGGUGUUGCCCAAUCCUUCAAAUAUGUAUCUAGAUCAUUCUCAACUGUUGCUCCACCAAUGAGCAAGUUGGAGACCAAGACCCUCAACUUUAAGGGAAUUGACGCCAAGUUGAAGGAAUACAGAUUGCAUCACAACAAGCCACUCACCCUCGCUGAAAAGAUUCUCUAUGGUCAUUUGGAAGAUCCAUCAGUCAAGGUUGAAAGAGGUGUCUCUUACCUUAACUUGUUACCGGACCGUGUUGCUAUGCAAGAUGCUACAGCACAAAUGGCAGUACUUCAAUUCAUGUCAGCUGGUUUACCAACUGUUGCCUGUCCAACCACUGUUCAUUGUGAUCAUUUGAUUGAAGCCUACAAGGGAAGUCAAGCUGAUUUGGACACUGCCAAGGAAGUCAACAAGGAAGUAUAUGAUUUCCUUGCCACCUCUGCCGAGAAGUUUGGUAUGGGUUUCUGGAAACCCGGAUCUGGUAUUAUCCAUCAAAUCGUUUUGGAAAACUAUGCCUUCCCAGGUGGUUUGAUGAUUGGUACCGACUCUCACACCCCCAAUGCUGGUGGUUUGGGUAUGAUUGCCGUCGGUGUCGGAGGUGCUGAUGCCGUCGAUGUCAUGGCCGGUCUCCCAUGGGAGUUGAAGGCUCCAAAGAUUAUUGGUGUCAAGUUGACUGGUAAAUUGUCUGGCUGGUCGUCACCAAAGGACGUUAUCCUCCGUUUGGCCGAUAUCCUCACCGUCAAAGGUGGCACCGGAUACAUUGUAGAAUACUAUGGCGAGGGUGUUGACAGCAUCUCUGCCACUGGUAUGGCCACCAUCUGUAAUAUGGGUGCCGAGAUUGGCGCCACCACCUCGAUCUUCCCAUUCAACUCGCGUAUGGUCGACUACUUGAACAGCACCGGUCGUCAAGACAUUGCCAAGGCCUGCGUCGGUUUCAAGGACAACCUCGUUGCCGAUUCCAACGCCCACUAUGACCAAAUCAUCGAGAUUGACCUCAACACCCUCGAGCCACUCGUCAACGGUCCAUUCACCCCAGACAGAAGCAACAAGAUCUCAGAGUUUGCCGAAAACAUCAAGAAGAACCAAUGGCCAGAGGAAUUGCUCGUCGGUUUGAUUGGCUCGUGCACCAACUCGUCCUACGAAGACAUGCAACGUGCCGCCUCGAUUGCCAAGCAAGCCAUCGACCACGGCAUCGUCUCCAAGGCCAAGUUCACCAUCACCCCAGGUUCCGAACAGAUCCGUGCCACCAUCACCCGUGACGGUCUCACUGAGAUUUUUGAAAAGGUCGGUGGUGUCGUCCUCGCCAACGCCUGCGGUCCAUGUAUCGGCCAAUGGAAGCGUGACGACAUUGUCAAGGGUCAAAAGAACUCGAUCAUCACCUCAUACAACCGUAACUUUACCGGACGUAACGACUCGAACCCACAAACCCACGCUUUCGUCGCCUCCCCAGAAAUCGUCACUGCCAUGGCCAUCUCUGGCAAGCUCACCUUCAACCCAUUGGUCGACACGUUGGCCGACGCCAACGGCAACCAGUUCAAGUUUACCGCUCCAACCGGUGCCGAACUCCCAAGCCGUGGAUUCGACGCUGGCGAGAACACCUACCAAGCUCCAUCCAAGAACGCCGAAAACAUCAAGGUUGCCGUCGCCCCCACCUCUGACCGUCUCCAAUUGCUCGAACCAUUCAAGCAAUGGGACGGCCAAGACUUGACCGACAUGCAAGUCUUGAUCAAGGUCCAAGGCAAGUGUACCACCGAUCACAUCUCGAUGGCUGGUCCAUGGCUCAAGUACCGUGGUCAUUUGGACAACAUCUCUAACAAUAUGUUGAUCGGUGCCAUCAACUCAGAGAAUGGAAAGGCCAACGCCGUCCUCAACCAAUUCACCGGUGAGACUGCCCCAGUCCCAACCGUCGCUCGUGACUACAAGAAGCGUGGUGUCGGAUGGGUCGUCAUUGGUGACGAAAACUAUGGUGAAGGUUCAUCUCGUGAGCAUGCUGCCCUCGAACCACGUCAUCUCGGUGCCCGUGCCAUCGUUGUCAAGUCGUUUGCUCGUAUCCACGAAACCAACCUCAAGAAGCAAGGUAUCCUCCCACUCACCUUUGCCAACCCAGCCGACUACAACAAGAUCACCGGUGACGAUAUCGUCUCUAUCGUCGGUCUCAAGAAGCUCGCUCCAGGUGUCCCAUUAAAGAUGAUCGUCAAGAAUGCCAAGUCUGGUAACGAAUUUGAAGUCGUCCUCAAUCACACCUUUAACGAAGGUCAAAUCGAAUGGUUCAAGAAUGGUUCUGCCCUCAACUAUAUCAAAAAGAACAAAAAGCAAUCAAACUAA